AUGGUUGAACCAACGGAACACUUGCUAGCACUCAAAGUGAUGCGUCUCACACGGCCCACUUUGAUCAGCCCCCAGAUAUUGACGGCCGAACCGAAAGAUGUGCCACAGUAUUCGUUCCAAAAGAUUCUACACAGCGAUGCUACGUCGGUCGCUGGUUGUGAAACGAUUUCAGCGGGACAAUUUAUGCUUCUGCCGCAAAGCUUCGGCAACAUCUACCUUGGCGAAACGUUCUCAAGCUACGUGUGCGUUCACAACUGCCGGGCCCAUCCCGUCACGAACGUGUCGGUGAAGGCUGACUUACAAUCGAACAACAGUCGGGUCAGUCUUCCGAUUCACGCAGACAAGACGGGCCCGGUUACGUUGAAUCCGGAGGAAACGCUGGACGAUGUUAUUCAUCAUGAGGUGAAGGAAAUUGGAACGCACAUAUUGGUCUGCGAGGUUUCGUACAUGACACCAGCCGGGCUGGAGACGUCGUUCCGUAAAUUCUUCAAAUUUCAGGUGGUCAAACCACUGGACGUGAAGACAAAGUUUUAUAACGCCGAAACAGACGAUGUGUAUCUGGAGGCACAGAUACAGAACAUCACCGUCGGGCCAAUCUGUCUUGAAAAGGUCGAGCUUGAAAGUUCCGAGCAGUAUACGGUCAUCUCGUUGAAUGCGUUGCCAUCCGGUGAAUCUGUGUUUUGCUCGAAAACGAUGCUUCAGCCCCAGAAUAGCUGUCAGUUUCUGUACUGCAUUCGACCUAUCCCGGAGAUUGCACGUGAUCCGAGUGCAUUGAAGGCGGCCAACAAUAUAGGCAAGCUAGACAUUGUGUGGCGUUCCAAUUUGGGCGAAAGGGGACGCUUGCAGACCAGUCAACUACAGCGCUGUGCACUGGAAUACAGUGAUCUUCGGCUGAACGUCAUCGAGGCAAACAGUACCGUGCGCAUCGGCGAGGGAUUUAACUUUCGGUGCCGGGUGACAAACACCAGCGAGCGAUCGAUGGAUUUGCUGAUGAGCCUCAACACGAAGGCCAAACCAGGCUGUGGUUACACCGGUGUGACCGAGUUUGCGCUCGGUCCGAUCGAACCCGGUCAGAUGAAAGAAUUCCCACUGACCGUAUGUCCGGUACGGUUGGGAUUGAUUGUGAUUUCUGCGCUGCAACUGACGGACGUGUUUACGAAGCGCAAGUACGAGUUUGAUAACUUUCUGCAGGUGUUUGUGGUGGACGAAGAUUAUCGGGAGGAUAACUUCCAGCUGGACAAGUACGUUCGAUACAGUAACGCUAGCACCACCGUCAAAAACAUUCCACAAACCGUUUAA